AUAAUCACCAACACGCCAAUAAAACUCAACAACAACAGCGUUUGUUUCUAGGGUUUUCUUCACUUCACUUUUUUUAUAUAACAAUUAUUAUUAUUAUCUUCUUUCAGAUAACAAGAUGAGUCGCCAUCCUGAGAUUAAGUGGGCCCAAAGGGAGGACAAAGUUUUUAUCACUGUGGUUUUAGCCGAUACAAAAGAUGCCAAAGUCAAUCUUGCUCCUGAAGGAGUUUUUACUUUCUCUGCUACAGCUGGUGAGCAUGCAUACGACUUGAAGCUGGAGCUUUUUGACAAAGUUAAUGUAGAGGAGAGCAAAAUAAAUAUUGGUGAGAGAAGCAUAUUUUGCGUUCUGGAGAAAGCAGAGCCAAAAUGGUGGAACAAACUCGUUGGAGGAGAUGCCAAGACCCCACAUUACGUUAAGGUUGAUUGGGACAAAUGGGUAGAUGAAGAUGAUGAUGCUGGCCCUGCUGCCGAUCUUGACAUGGGAGGAAUGGAUUUCUCGAAAUUCGGAGACAUGGGCGGAAUGGGCGGAAUGGGCGGAAUGGGCAUGCCUGGAAUGGGCGGAAUGGGCUUGCCUGGAAUGGGAGGCAUGGGUGGUAUGGGAGGCAUGGGUGGUAUGGGCGGCAUGCCUGACAUGAGUCAGUUCAUGGGCGGUGGUGAUGAUGAAGACAGUGAUGAUGAAGGUCAAGAAGCAGAAACCACUACAGCUGCACCAAGCAAAGCCGCUGAGGGGGCUUCUGAAGCUGCGGCGCCAAGCACAUAGAUUUAGUCCAUGCAUAAUGCGCUUUGAACUUGUUUGUGCAAUCAGGGUUUUUACCCUGGUGAUGUUGCUACUAAGUGCUAAGACUUUGAUGUCGACUAAAACAUGUUUUCUACUCUUUAGGGGUAGAAACCAUACUACUAUCCCUUUUAAUAUUGGACUUUGAGUGUUGUAACUUUAGUAGCGGUUUUAUGGCACAUCAUACUCUUAUAUUUGAUUGGUUUCUAAUUUGGUCGUGAUUUUAAA